UUGAUCUUGAGAUGGAAGUCAUGUAACUGCCAAAUGGCCUCUUAGAGAUGGUCUAUUGGUCGAUUGUCCAUUACCAUUUAUGCAAGGAGUUUGUUCUGUCGGUCACAGCUUCUUCUUUGCUGGUGGUAGUGACCUGAAUAUUUUUGACCCAGAAUUGUGUUUGAAUUGGGAUGAUCAUUACCCCUCAAGGAUGUGGUGCCUCAAGUAUGAGGGUUCUAAUUGGAAUUGGAAGUUCUGUGGAAGCAUGUUCUGCCGCAGAUAUAGACCCUUAGUAGUCCCCUAUGAUGGCAAAUUGUACAUCUUUGGGGGUACUGGAACUGCAAAUUGCUGGGUUGAUAUUUACAGCCUAAAAUCAGGUCUAUGGGAAACAAGGGAAGUGCCCGAAAGUGCUCUCUUGUCAUAUUGCAUGAACCCUGACUCUUACUUUCUGUGGGAGGACAGCACCAAGCCUCACAAGAAGACCCACAUUGUAUUGUAUUCUUCUGGUGAUGAACAUCAAGGGCUCAUGUCAUAUGACGUCAAGGCUAACAAUUGGGAAUACCUUGAUUGGAAUUUUCCGCAAGUUCCUGGAUCUUGUCCAAUGAAACUUGUUCGUUUGGGAUGCAGUCAUUAUCUUCUGAUUGUUGACUUCGCUCCAGUGUGGCAUAUUUAUGAUUUAUCUAAGAUGAAUGAUGUGGCAACGGUGGGGGUGCAUGGCUUGGACAAGACCGCAGAAGUAACGCAUAUUUUUUGUUGCCACAACACUAGCGAUGAAAGUUUGAUUUAUAUGUUCAUGGAACCUGGAAAUGUUUUCGAGGGAGAGCCAUCUACUAACACUGUUUCUGGGGUUGUUUCUUAUGCCAGAGUCAAGCUCCAACUCAAAACUUUUUCUGCCAAGAUUGAAUCCAAGGGUAAUCUUAACUUUGGUGAUUAUGUAAAUCUUUAUAUGUUUGCUGUUGGAGAUGAAGACCAAUAAUUGUCUGCUCAUCUUCGCUUAUUGGUUUUACUGAUCUGUAUAUUUUUGCACUUGGUUCCAAUCUUGACCUCCAAACUAUCAAUGAUGAUGGGGAGUUAGAAAGCGUCCAAGAUUAAUUGUGUUAAAUUUGUUUAGUGACUAGACAUUGGUUUUUAUUUCUUUCUUUUUUAUCUUGUUUGACAUUGUAUGUUUCUUGUGUUUUUAGUUUAUGUUCAGACGUGAUCAUAGUUGUAUAAAUUUUAAAAAUUAAAUCUUGUUUGUUAGAUUCGAAUAGUUAUCGGGGUGGGGUUUUAUACUUCUUAAAGAAGGGCGGGUCAAGUGGGGGAAAACAUGGAUAUUUAUAGGGGUGGGGAUCCUUUUCCGUCAUCUAUUCCUGAUUAGGAAAAUGCCUCUUGUUCUCGUCCCAUCUCUGUAGAUAUUAAAUUUUUAAAAAUAUAAAAAUCACAAUUAUGAUAAAAUUCUAUACAAUUUAACUCAAUCGUAUCAAAUCAAACUUAAUUGGAACACAUUCAACUUUAAAUCUAAUUUAAUAUUAUUCAAUUAAAUCUUUUAACAUACAGAUUAAAAUAAAGGAAACAGAAAAGUUUUCAAUAAAAUAAUGAGUUAAUAAUCAAAAUCGUUUUGGAAAGAUACCUCAAUCUCUAUAUUCGUCUUUGAAAGAUAAAGUGAAUCAAAAUCGUUUUCGAAAAAUAACAAACAUAACUACGUUCGUCUUUCCGUCUUUUCUUUUGCCGAGGUGGUUAAUGUUGGGUGACAUAUUUCGUUAACUGUUUGCAUGACAUACUAUCAAAAUGACGCCAUUUAGGACUGAUUCAAAACAUUGCAAAGCAUUAUCCCCUCUGUUAACAACCAUUUCUCUCUAUUUCGUUCCAAAACAUAUCGUCUCCCUCAAGUUAUGCCCUAAGCCUUUGACCCAACAUUUAAACCAUGCCAUCAACCUUCGUCAGUGUUGGAAGACAAUUAAAACAGAAGAGGUAUCGGUACUGAAUACAGAGCUGAUCAUCUCCUGGAGCAACAUUGAUAGUGGAGGAAGCCAUUGCGACGAUUAGAGAUAAAGAUGAAACCUUUUUCUUGUUUUUUGAGUUAUUAUGUGGCUUGAUGUCUUCCUAGUGGCGUGACUCAUGUGUUCUUCUGAGUAUGGGUAGGGUUUGGGGUGAUUAACGAUUUGUAUGACUGUUCUUAUAUGAUAUGAGUGGAUCAGAAUAUUUUGCUUUUAUUGGCUUUGUGAUGAUUUUUUAGGUAGGGGUGUUUCAUUUUAGUGAUGGUUCUAUUCGUUUGUUGCGUGUUUGUUUUGGGUUUAGGGUAUGUUUUGGUAUGUUUUUCUAUGUUUGUU